GAGAAAGAGGGAGAAAGCAGGAAAAGGACAGACUGCUUAUGAAGACAGGGGUUAACUGAUAGGUCACUGAGUCCCCGAGCGUGCAGAGAGCCCAGGCCGGCCAGCUGGGGACUGCCACCCUAAGACAGCAGGGCAUCUCGUGCUUACUGGCCUAGUAACCCUCAACACACCCGCCACCGCCUUUCACAGAGCGAAGCAGCCUCUGGAGAAUGGAGAUGUUCACCCUAGCAAGUGCCAACUGGAGUUUCUCUGUGUUCCUGCUGGCAGGCUUCCCAGGUCUGCAGCGGGCUCAUCACUGGAUCUCACUGCCCACAUUUGUAGGACACUUGGUGGCACUGCUGGGGAGUGCCACCAUCUGGCACCUGGUACGAACUGACCCUUCCCUCCACCAGCCCAUGUACUACUUCCUGGCCAUCCUGGCUGUGAAGGACUUGGGCCUGCGCCGGUGCAAGCCGCCCCCAGUGCUGGGUGCGCUGGGGCUCAGCGCCCUGCGUUCUGCAGCAGCACUCCCGCACUACUCCUCCUUCGUGGAGUCAGCCGUGCUCUUUGCUAUGGCUCUGGACUGCCUGGUGGCCAUCCGAUUCCCACUGCGCUAUGCGGCUGUGCUCACGGGUCCUCAUGUGGCAUUGGCCUGGGUCAUGCUGGGCACUCAGAGUGCCGCCAUCACGGUGGCACCAUCACUGCACCUCCUGAGAUUUCACUACUGUCACCCUGGGGCACUGCCCCAUGCUUGCUGCCUUCACCAGGACAUGAUCCGCCUGGCCCGCUCUGACUCUGAGCUGGGCCUCAUGCUGGCCAUGGGCGCGGACAUUCUCUUCAUCCUGCUCUCCUAG